AACGGGGAAUACCGAGUAAAUACGGACAUUGCCGAAUCGCUUACUGCGUCAGUUGAAAUAGUGGACUGUGUUUGUGCAUUCGUUAGUUGCGGAAACAAUUCCAAAGUGUGAGUUAUUAGUACUUGGACCGAAAUGACACAGCUGACGUGUUUUUGUAUCAUCGGGGCGCUGCUGAUAACACAAAGCGCCGCCGUCUUCAGAGUGCCCCUCCAUAAAACCAGAAGCGUACGACGCCUGAUGAGCGACAAUGGGAUGUCUCUGGAGGAGCUUCAGGCUUUAGCGAGGAGCACCGGAGCACCGGACAGCUCUCCCUCCCCCAAAGCGCCCGUAGAGAGGCUGACCAACUUCAUGGAUGCCCAGUACUAUGGGGUGAUCAGCAUUGGCACCCCCCCACAGGACUUCACUGUGCUGUUUGACACGGGCUCCUCCAACCUCUGGGUCCCCUCCAUUCACUGCUCCUUCCUCGAUCUGGCCUGCUGGCUUCAUCAUCGCUACAACUCGAAGAAGUCGAGCACAUACGUCCAGAAUGGCACCCAGUUUUCCAUCCGGUACGGCAGAGGCAGUCUGUCUGGCUACAUCAGCGGCGACACUGUCUCUGUUGCAGGUCUGCCGGUUCCUGGCCAGCAGUUUGGUGAAGCGGUGAAGCAGCCUGGCAUCACAUUUGCAGUGGCACGGUUCGACGGGGUCCUGGGCAUGGCCUACCCUUCCAUAUCAGUAGCUAAUGUCACCCCGGUGUUUGACACGGCCAUGGCUGCCAAGCUGCUGCCCCAGAAUAUCUUCUCUUUCUACAUAAGCAGAGACCCCAAAGCAGCGGUAGGAGGAGAGCUGAUGCUGGGUGGGACAGACCCCCAGUACUACACCGGAGACCUGCACUAUGUCAAUGUCACACGAAAGGCCUACUGGCAGAUCAUGAUGAGCGGGGUUGAUGUUGGUAACCAGCUGACUCUCUGCAAAGCCGGUUGCCAGGCUAUCGUCGACACGGGAACGUCCUUGAUUGUCGGUCCGGUGGAGGAAAUCAGAGCGCUGCACAAAGCCAUCGGAGCUCUGCCCCUGCUGAUGGGAGAGUACUUGAUUGACUGCAAGAGGAUCCCAUCCCUCCCCGCCAUCUCCUUCAACAUUGGAGGGAAGACAUUUAACCUGACUGGAGAGGAUUAUGUCAUGCAGGAGUCUCAGAUGGGUAGAUCAAUCUGUCUGUCAGGCUUCAUGGCCAUGGAUAUCCCGCCUCCUGCAGGGCCCCUGUGGAUCCUGGGAGAUGUAUUCAUCGGGAAGUACUACACUGUGUUUGACAGAAACGCCGAUCGUGUGGGGUUUGCCCCCGCCAAGUAGAUUACUGAACUCUGGUCUGGGUGAAA